UAGCUGCCUUCGCUGCCUCACAAUGUGCCCGGAUGAACGACGGCCAUGAACCUGCGAACCGUAAGUCUUCCCGAUCUGGCGGCCGAAAGGAAGCGCAACACCGCGGCGUCGCUGUCGGAGGGCUUCGCCGGUUCGAGCCAUCAAGGUGCACUUCAGACGAAUCAGCCAUGGCCAGGCCGCCCGGGCAUGAACAAACGGGCAUACGAGGGAAGCAAGGAUGGGUGGCCCAAUUCCCUGGGGCGAGUGCUGCCCUUGUACUAUCGGUGCCGACAGCUGGUGCUGGCCACCGAAAAGCGUGGCCGGCGCGUGCCGCAGAAGCUCAGCACGGACACGCGGGCGCUGGAAAAGGUGGUGGCCAAAGAAAUCCGCCACAUCCACCCUCUCCUGUUCCAGCGACUGGAUGAUCGUCAGUUGGAUCGGUUUCUGCGAACCAUGCCUUUCCUCAGGCUCUCGGUGGGGCGCUGGCUCUUCGGCAGCGAGCGCUUGAAGGCGGACUGGCCUCCGACGGAGGGCUUGAGGUCCUUCAUGUUGUUGACCGGUCGGGUGCACAUUUUCCGCGAUUCGAACGGCUUGGGAGAAUUUCUGGAGAUGAUGCCUGGUUCGAUCUUUGGCGAACAGCCUUUCAGGAUGGGCGACGAAGAAAUCAAUGACGCCUUGGGCGGAGCGGCCCAUUGUGAGGAGCCAUCCAUCGUGGGGAUCCUGACCACGGAGGUCUUGGAGGCGGCCUUUGCCGAUCGCGUCUAUGGCAAUCCCCGCAUCGCCCAAAAGAUCCGCCACUCGCCCGCUCUGCAACGAGCGGUCUUGCCAGAGCCAGAUCCUUCGAAGCCGAAGGUGGAAUUGGAGCACCUGUCAGCUGCACAGAGGGUCGAGGUCUUUGAGUCCAUUUCGAGCGCUGUCCGGUCAGGGUUGGAUGAGAUGGCAAAGUCAAUCUCUGUGCUCCACCUCCUUCCUGCCGAGCCCAUUUUCACCACUGAAUCCAUCGAUGAAAGCGUGUUCUACAUUGAGGAAGGUCGAGUAGAAGUGCAAGCCGAUGUGACUCUCAUCGAGAAGCCGGAGACCCGAACGCCCAAGCGGACUCGGAUUCACGUACUGGUCGACAGAGCCGAAAAGCUUGCAGGAAACUCUAUUUUCGACAAGCUGGAUCCAUACGUGAUUGUGAAGCUGGGCGAGUACAAGCGCUUUCAAACUCCGGUCCAGUGGAACGUGGGAGUCAACCCAUUCUUCAACUAUGAUGGAACUUUGACCUUCAAUGGGGAGGAAGAGAUCACUUUCACCGUCAUGGACUACGACAGUUUCAAGUCGGAUGACCUCUGCGGAAGUUGUACGCUCCGGGUGGAUGACCUGACGGAUGGAUGGACGGGAAAAGCUGACCUUUACCGGCCCAAGUCUUCGGUGAACAUGAUUAGCAGCUCAGACUCUGAUUUGAUGGAAAAGGCCGGCAAGCUCUUCUUCUCUGUCAAGUGGGACUACGAAACCUUCAAUCCACUCAUUCCACCGAAGCAGAAGUCGUGGCCAGACCAGGUUCUCUUCAGCUUGCAAGAAGAUGCAAUCUGGGGCCACGAGCGCCUGAUGCUGGGAAAGGUUUGGAUGAAAGCUUUAGAAGGUGCAGCUUCCUCGACGAAUUACCGCUUGCAGCUCCAGCGCUUCCGGAUCCGGGCCGCCGAGCUGAAAGGGACUGAUGACCGAUGCGUGGUCCUGAAGAUUGCCAAUCAUAGGUUUCUGGACUUCAUCAAGAAGAGCCAGCGGGAGAAAGCAUUCUUGCAAGCUUGUCGUUUGCAAGCCCUGGACAAGCAGCAAGUGGUGAAGCACCACAUCGUUGAGUUGCUUGCCAGAUGGGCCAUUGAGGAGCAAACCGAGCAGCUUCGAAAAGGACUCCUGGGCUUGAAGGCCGAGCGCGAAGAAGCCGUCGAUCCGGGCAAGUUCCGCUCCAAAUACCGGGGCGUCAAGGCACAUAUCUAUGUGCGGAACGCUUCCAAUCUCACCUCGGGCGGCUGGUUCGACAAACUGGAUCCUUAUGCGAUUGUUCGCUUCCGCGGCAGCAAGGAGGAAGUCCGCACCAGCGUCCUGGCAGAUGCCGGUGGCGAUCCUAUUUGGGACUCCAAAGGCUCCGUGACGUAUCACGGCGAGGUGGCGCUCGAAAUCUCCGUCUGGGACUUUGAUCGAUACAAUGCCGAUAGCCUUUUGGCCACGGGCGUCGUGCAAGUGGAACAGUUCUGUGCCGGCUUUGAUGGCAUGAUACCUCUCAGUAUUGCAGGUGGCAAGGGAAAGCGCGCGAAAAAGCAAGCCAUGAUCACGAUUGGAAUUCUCUUUGACCGACCGCCCGAUGCGCUCCUGGACGAGGAUGGUCCAGACGCCUCUCUUGGAAUGACUCGGUAGCGAAUGCGAUACCGCCUGGCGGCUGGAGGUGCUGGCUUUCACGGCUGGAACAGUGCAAUGCGAAGACCGGAGUUGCAUCACCAAAGAUACCUUUGAAGACUGCUUCGUGUGACAUGGUCAGUGACACCGCAAGAAGAACUGGGCAACGCUAUUACUUGCGAGAUCUUUGCGAGUUUGUGAGCCUGUGAGGCUCUUCGAGAGUUUGAGGAAUUCCCACUGAUCCUGAAUUUAUGGCCAGCCAUCAUUAUGGCUGGCAAGUUUGCCGUAGAAAUUUUACAAACUCGCGAAACUGCGAGAAAGAGUCAAGCAACGUGAAGCAGAGCUUUAAUACGAAGUCUUGCCAUGUUCGCUAGUUCCAACGCCUUUCAUAGGUGGCUGCUGCCGGCUGUGAGUUGGCGGUUUGCCACUGCUUCGGCCACUGGCCUGAAAGGCUAGGGGCCGAGCGCGCUUAAGAGUCGAGGAACCAAAGAAUCAAAACGAUCCAUGUGUGGUGCACGGGAACCUCAAACUUGUCCCCCUUAUCAGUGGUCUUUUGGGGCCGGUAGCUGAGAAACAGCUCACUCGCAGCUGAAUGCUGGUUGAACUUUCCCCAACGGGGGCUGUGGUGUUGACAGCUUGCAG